AUCAGAAACAUUAGGGAAAUUGAUUGAAAUCUGUAAAUGAUAUUAUAAGUUUGGAUCGACUUAUCACAUGUCCAACACGACCCAUCUGGGGAAUCUUGAAGAAAUCUGGAAGAAAUCCUGCGUUUUAGCUGUUGAUCCCUUUGGCUUUUCGUUACCAGACCCACGUUGUCAGAAGCAGAGCACAGACACCACCCCAGCCAAAUUCAAAAACUCCACCGCACGCAAUCUAAUCGAAGAACCUUCGUGGUAACGCCCUUCUGCAUCGGCGCCUCUCUGUUGUUUGAGCAGCGCUUUCCCCACCAAGAACUCUUCCUUGAACCCACUUUCUUUUUCUGUAUAGUUUUUGGAUUGAUUCCCUUCUUGUUUAGUCCGAUUCUGAUUGUAUUCUAAUUUGGGGGCGUUCUGUUUCAUCGCCCGUGGUGUCUGUUUUGGCGAUUCAGAAGGUUUUCUCAUCUGGGUCAUCGCUCAAUCGCGGUUUUAGGCUAUGAGGAAGAGGGAAAGAGAGAACCCUUGUGGGGUUUGUGGCCAUUAUCAUAAAUACGAAGAAGGGGAAGUCUGUGGGAUUUGUGGCCAUCGGGUUCCCGCUACAUCGGAGAAAACUUCGUUGCAAUUUGCCGCGUUUCCUUCAGAGAUUUUGCCGGAGUUUCUUUAUCUGGGAAGCUAUGAUAACGCUUCCCGCUCUGAACUUUUGAAGACUCAAGGAAUCUCCCGCGUUCUUAAUACUGUGCCUGAUUGUCAAAAUCUCUACAAGAACUCCUUCACUUAUCACUGCCUCCAAUAUGAUAAGACUUUACCUUUUGAUGAUGCAGUUGAAUUCCUAGAGCAAUGUGAAAGAGACAAGGCUCGUGUUCUGGUGCACUGCAUGUCAGGAAAAAACAGGUCUCCAGCUAUUGUAAUAGCGUUCUUGAUGAAAUGCAAAGGUUGGAGACUUGCUCAGAGUUAUCAGUGGGUUAAAGAGCGGAGGCCAUCCGUCGACUUAACUGAACCUAUCUAUCAGCAGCUGCAAGAGUAUGAGCAGAAGGUUUUUGGAUCAUCCCAAAACUCCCUUCCAACCCUUCCAGUCUUCCCUCCUGUUGGUCUGCCUUCUUUUGGCUUCAACUUCCCAAAGACCAGCGACCCAGUUCCUACAACACCAUUCAACACCAUUGCUGCAACUUCCAUCUUUACCUGCCCAACCGUAGAUGUACCGUCCCACGAGUUUACAUUCGGUGCUGGGCAGACUCAAAACAGUUUCGCCGCUAAUCCACAGAUCAACCAGCAGCCACAUCCAAAUGGGUAAUGCUUAAAACUCUCAAAUCAACCAUCUUAGUAGUUUUGCAAGAUCCAUCCUUUUAGGUUUUUCUUUUAAAAAAAGGAAAAAAAAAACUGCAAAACAAGUUUGUGUUGUCAGUUGAGCUGAGCCUUACUGAAUUUGAGGAGUGAAGAAAAGAAAAGUGGGAAACUUUGGGUUUGUAUAAUGGGUUUGUACGUGCAAGUACAGUGAGAUAUUGUCGACUCAUUACUAAUCAUAUACGAUGUCAUAAAUAUAUCAGCAGCUUUAUCUAUUC